AUGAACAGCAGCGGACCAACGUAUCCUCUUGCCUCUUUGUAUGUUGGGGACCUGCACCCUGAUGUUACAGAGGCAAUGCUUUAUCAAAAGUUUUCUCCUGCUGGACCCAUCAUGUCGAUCCGUGUAUGCCGGGACAUCAUUACCCGCAGAUCUCUUGGAUAUGCCUACAUCAACUUCCAGCAGCCGGCAGACGCCGAGUGUGCCUUAGAUACCAUGAAUUAUGAUGUCAUCAAGGGUCGACCCAUUCGAAUAAUGUGGUCUCAUCGUGACCCAGGUCUCAGGAAGUCGGGUGUGGGUAACAUCUUUAUCAAGAACAUGGAUGAGUCCAUCGACAACAAAGCGCUUUAUGAUACCUUCUCAGCCUUUGGCAAUAUAUUGUCCUGCAAGGUCGUCUGUGAUGAGAAAGGAUCCAAAGGCUAUGGCUUUGUUCACUUUGAGACUCAGGAGGCUGCAAACCGUGCCAUUGACACAAUGAAUGGGAUGCUUCUAAAUGACAGGAAAGUGUUUGUUGGCCACUUCAAGUCUCGCAAAGAAAGGGAGGUAGAGUUUGGCUCCAAAGCUCUGAAGUUCACUAAUGUGUACAUCAAAAACUUUGGAGAGGACUUUACUGAUGAGAAACUCAAGGAAGUUUUUUCUACCUUUGGGAGGACCCUUAGUGUGCGGGUGAUGAAGGAUGAGAAGGGCCGUUCCAGAGGAUUUGGGUUUGUCAACUAUUCUCACCAUGAGGAUGCUCAGAAGGCUGUGGAUGAAAUGAAUGGAAAGGAGAUAAAUGGGAAGACCAUCUAUGUAGGAAGGGCUCAGAAGCGUUUGGAGCGUCAAGGGGAGCUGAAGCGCAAGUUUGACCAGAUCAAACAGGACCGCAUCCAACGCUAUCAGGGGGUGAAUCUAUAUGUGAAGAACUUGGAUGAUAGCAUCAAUGAUGAGAGGCUCCGGAAGGAAUUUUCUCCUUACGGCACAAUCACCAGUGCUAAGGUGAUGACUGACGGUGGCCAGAGCAAAGGCUUCGGCUUUGUCUGCUUCUCUUCCCCAGAGGAAGCAACGAAAGCAGUGACCGAAAUGAAUGGGAGAAUAGUUGCCACCAAGCCGCUGUAUGUUGCUUUGGCACAGAGGAGGGAAGAGCGUAAAGCCAUUCUAACUAACAAGUACAUGCAGAGGCUCGCUACGCUGAGAACCAUGAGCAGUCCCAUCAUUGAUUCUUAUCACCAGUCUGGAUACUACAUGACCAUACCUCAGCCUCCCACUCGUUCUUUCUACAACCACAAUGCUGUCAGCAAUCUGAGACCAGUCCCUCGUUGGACAGGACAGCCGCCCAGACCCCAGGGACAUUACCCGCCUCAGUAUGUAGGGAAUCCCCCUCCACCACCGCGUCGCAGUUCACCAACAAUUACUACAGUCCGGCAGGCUUCAACCCAGGCUCCACGAGUCGUAAACUCCACACAAAAGACAAACAACAUAGGGACUCAGACUGGAGGAGUUCCCAGAGGAAGUCAGUACAAGUAUUCAUCUGGAGUGAGGAACCCUCUUCAUGUUGCUAAUGUUCCUGCUAACAUGACGAGACCCCAGGUUGUUCCUGCGCCUGCAGUAGAUCAGCUAGUUCAUAUUCCAGGCUCGGAGCCACUCACUGCUUCCAUGCUGGCUGCAGCUCCCCUCAUGGAUCAGAAACAACUCCUUGGGGAGCGUCUGUAUCCUCUGAUUCACGCGCUUCACCCAAACCUGGCAGGAAAGAUCACAGGGAUGCUGCUAGAGAUCGACAACUCAGAGCUGCUGCACAUGCUGGAGUCACCGGAGUCCCUGAACUCUAAGGUGGAAGAGGCGAUCGCUGUUCUGCAAGCUCACCAGGCAAAAGAUUGUUCUCCAAAAAAGUGAAAUAAUUUAAGGUCAGCAUUAGAUUUAAGGGGGACUUGCUUGAUUUGUUGUUUGAGGGGGGGUGAAAGCGAUUUUUCUAGGGGAUGUAAAUAUUGGGUCAUUAAAAAUAUUUAGAAAACCUAUAUUUAAUUUGAUUGGAAGUGCUUAAAAUGUAAAUACAGUUUAGGUUUAGGCUGAAUUAGCUACUGAUACUGCUCAAUCAGAUGUUUCAGCUUUAAAUAUGAAUAAUCUUAAGAUCAAGAUAAAUAUGUGGUCAUAAUACAUCCAAGUUUAUUUUAGUUGAUUGGAUAUACCCAUUUAAAUGAUUAUUUACCAGUAA